GAAUUAAUGAGAAGUUUAGCCGAAAAUGAAAAGCGAAAGCAAACAAAGGAAAGAAACAAAAGGCAAAAACUGAGCGCAAACUCAACGACAAGUAGUGAUGGCCCGCAAGAAGUGGCGGACAACGAGAAUAAGUGCCCAGAAAUUGAUAAUUUAAUUCGGGAUCCGUUGAACAUCACCGACGAUGAACUGAUCCAACACGUGAUGGACAUCAAGAAUAUGUCGGAUUGUAUUUCAAGUAUCGGUGACUACAUAACACAGCCUAUGGUUAGGGUUAUCACGGAUUAUGAGGGUAUAAAUCGGUUAGAGUACAGCCGUAUUAAUGAGUUGUUGAACGCGUCCCGUGUUUUCAAUCAAAUAAUACGUAGCGAUAGCGUCAUGUGUCAAAAUGAGCAUGGUCAAAUAUUUAGCGCGCAGCAAACUGAUAGCCGCGUUAACGAAGUGGUAAAUUUCACUAAACGUUUGGAGGGGUUCACAAAGUGCUGCGCCGACGACCAGUUGUCGCUCGUGAAGUACGGCUGCCUUGAAUUGAUAUUUAUGAGGGGUAUUAACAUUAGCCAUAAUCUGGCCCAUUGUCUGGACAUUCAUUUAAAGUUAAUACAGGACUCUGAAAGAGAUGUCUACUUAUUAUUCAAGAAGUUUGUCGAUAAAUUCAUUGAAAAUUUUGAUGAUGACGUGGUUAUUGUGAAUCUGGUACACCUUUAUAUAAGGCUCGAUAUAAGGGGAAUUCGAUUUAAGGGACAUAUUUUCCAUUUCACCAAUCAUUCGCUUAAAUUGGAGAUGACCUGUAAUUCUUAA